GAUGGAAGGUGUGAGACCAGAGAAGGGCUUGAGUCAGGGCUCGCCUCGAGUCAACAGAGAGCUAUGAUCCAGUUGGACGCGGUGCAGGGGUGUGUUAUGGUCAGUUUCUGGGAACUCCUUUUAGGAAAGAGGGUUAUCUGCAGCUGAUAAGGGCCAUGUUUAAAAGGCUGGACUGAUGAAACACACGUCCAGCUGAGGGGACCAGCAGCAGAGACAUUACUGAGGAAUCAUGCUGCUUCUAGUUUUCACUCUCUGCUUUGCAAACAUGCUGUUUGCUGUCGGCGUUGUUUGCCUGCCACUGCUUGACCAGGGCCCCCACAUCACCCAUGGCUGGGGCCAAGUGGUCCGGCUCAGGCAUCUGUACGCUGCCAAGAAUGGCAUGCACCUGCUGAUCAACGAGGACGGGCAGAUCCAUGGUUCUGCAGACCAGAACCUGCACAGCUUGAUGGAGAUCCAGCCGGUGGGUCCAGGCUGUGUUGUCAUCAAAGGAGUAGCAACGAGACGGUUUCUCUGCAUCGAGCACAACGGGAGGCUUUACACGUUGUCCUCCUACAACACGGACGAGUGCACCUUCAGAGAGCAAAUCUUACCUGAUGGCUACAACACCUACAGCUCUGUCAAAUACGGAGUCCUGCUGAGUCUGGGGAGCCACCGGCAGAGGCUGCAGGGCCGAGACCAGGAUGUUCCAGCUCUGGCACAGUUCCUCCCCAGGAUCAGCACCUUGGAUCUGGGUUCAACCCCUGGACUGGAGGUCCAACAGCAGCCUGAGCCAACCACAGCACAGGUGUAUAAUGAAGAAGCUGUGGACAUGUUGGACUCCUUUGGAAAACUCUCGCAGAUCAUUCAAAGUCCAAGUUUUAACAAGAGAUGAGACAGCAGCAGCACCAGACACACCUGGAACCAUUUGGACCCUGGUUCUUUGUCUGAGGCAUGAAACCAUGCACUCCGGUCUGCAUGUGGCAGAU